AUGAAAGAGGAAGGGUUCAUGCAUAGGGGAGCUCAUAACGCUGAAGUUGGAAGUUCUUCUGCUGUUGGUGAUCCUUCAACACCUCCUCCUUCCAAGAAAAGAAAGCUCAUCUUUGAUCUAAAUGAAUUGGAUAAAAUAUGGGGUUUAACAAUUCAUGAAGAGGUGAAGUUGGUAAUUCAGCAGCUACUCAACAAAGUCAAGAAGUUGAACCUUGUGUCAUCAGUUGGUCGAUCUAGACCAGCUUCCUCAAGAAGAACAAGUGCUCCCAAACAGUCCAAGAAUACCAAGUUUCUUCUUCCUUAUGGCAUGAGACACAUUAACGAUCUUCUUGCUGCUCCCAUUAAACAUUUGUUUCAUCUUCGCUUGGAAGGACUUAGUCAUUUUGAACUGGAAAAAGGAUAUCAUGUGGUGAUAUCUCUAGAGCUAAGUAAAAAAUUUGAAGAGCUUCAAAUCGAUGAAUUCAGAUGA